AUGCUACCGAAAUGGAUUUCUACAGUGUUGUUGCUGGCGACGGUUGUGUGUAAUCGAGCGGAAGAAGCGCCUCAAGUUGAACCCCCGAGCGCUAUGGACUUUUCCUACGCCCAACUUUGGAAGUACGCACAACAGCAAUGCGAAACCAAAGGCAUCACUCCGUCGGAGUUUACAAAAUCGUGGCUCGCCGUACGGCAGUGCUUAAAAGAAAAGCUGAAUGUGGUCCAGUUGAAUGAGGAUUCGAUGAGAAUGGAUAUAGACAACCAGCACGACAUACUGGGUAGACACUGCCCGGAUCUGUUCGAGGGAGUCAAAUGUUUCGACCCGUUCGUGAGCAUGGUGCAGGGCUGCGUUAACACGGAGAGCUUCGAGAUCUUCCAAGCCUUGCGUGGCUGGUUCCAGGGCAUCUUGGAGUACCUUUGUGAAAACAACGGCGCUAACGUUGUUUACGACAAGAACAAGCAUGAUAAUUGUACACAUGAAAUCAACAAGUACAUCAUUACCUGCGCUGCCGAACACGUAGUCCUCUCGCCGGAGUUGAAUCGUAAAACACUUACGCAGGAGAACUGCAAUUCGCUGGCGACGGCUAAAGAUUGCCUACUCGGAAAGCUGAAAGAUUGCAGUGUGUUCGCCAACGGGGCACGAUUGUUCUACGAGAACUUCAUUCAAAUUACGUCCUGCAAAAACUACAUACCCAAAUCCGACUGA